AUGCCUGACGAUUUGUCGAAGCGAGAUAGAAGCCAGGACACCCUCGAAUCUUGCGACCCAGAUGGAGCAGACUCAGAGGAGCAGGAGGGGGAGGCCAAGAGCUGCUGGGAGACGGUGAAGCCCUUCAUCGGGGCUGGUUCUAUGGUAGCUGUCGGCUACAUGGAUCCAGGCAACUGGGCGACAGACUUGCAGGCGGGCUCGUCGUACAACUACAGUAUUCUUUUCGUGGUGCUGCUGUCUUCUCUUCUGGCGAUGUUCCUGCAGUCCAUGGCUUUGCGAUUGGGCUUGGUGAGCGGCAUGGAUCUUGCUUCGGCAUGUAGAAAGAAGUUCUCCAGGUAUGUUCACAUCCUCCUUGGGGUAUCGGCUCAGGUCGCCAUCUGCGCGACGGACCUUGCGGAGGUCAUUGGCUCUGCGAUCGCCUUCAAACUUCUCUUCGGGCUGCCUCUCUUCGCCGGGGUGCUCAUCACUGGUCUCGACGUGCUCGUCCUGCUCGCCUUUGGACAGAACCGAGUGAUCAUCAUGGAGAUCAUUAUCAUCGUCAUGAUCCUGACCAUGGCAGUUUGCUUCUCCAUCGAGCUCUACUAUAGCAAACCGGACGGCGUUGAGCUUCUAAAAGGGAUGUUCGUACCUACUGCGGACCUUGUGACAGACUCGGGGAUGCUGUACGCCAGCAUCGGCAUCUUGGGGUCCAUUGUGAUGCCCCACAACUUCUAUCUUCACAGCUUCCUCGUGUGCCCCAGGGAGGGGCCGAUACAGACCGGCCGCUCUUUGAAGAGAUCGCUCCGUUUCGCUACUCUGGAUUGCAACCUGUCUCUCAUCGUUGCUUUCCUGAUCAACGUGUGCAUCUUGGUUCUCGCUGCGUCUGCCUUCCACCGGGCCGGCUACCGAGAUGUCGCCGACCUCGAGCAGGCAUCCUCGUUGAUCGGCAACGUGGUCGGGGAGCGAGCGGCGUCGACUCUCUUCGGUCUCGCGCUUCUCCUCAGCGGGCAGCAGAGCACAGUCACGGGAACGAUCGCCGGGCAAGUGGUGAUGGAAGGGUUCUUCGACCUCAAGGUUCACUCUGCCUACAUCCGCAUCGGGACGAGGCUGACGGCCAUCCUGCCGGCUGUCAUUACUAUCCUCGUUGCUGGCAACGCCAUGAUAAACCCGCUGCUUGUCAUCAGCCAGGUCAUUCUGUCGAUGCAGCUGCCCUUCGCUCUCAUCCCUCUCGUCAUCCUGACAGGGGACAGAAACAUCAUGGGGAGUUUUGUCAACUCACGGCUGGUGCACAUCGCAGCCUGGAUCAUCUCUCUCUUCAUUGUGGGCCUUAACUUCAAGCUUGUUGUUGACUCGAUCAUGAACAAGUGA